CAGACCCUUAGGCCAAACCUGCCACAGACCCCAAGCCCCCAACAGACAAGCAGGACCCUCAGAAGGAUGGCCGACGCCCAGACACAGGUGGCCCCCACAUCAACCGUCCCAGUGGCAACUGCAGAGGACCUGCCCCUCCCUCCACCACCUGCCCUGGAGGAUCGGCCAACCCCGCCACCCAAAGAGUCCUUCUCCAAGUUCCACCAGCAGCGGCAAGCUAGCGAGCUCCGCCGCCUCUACAAGCACAUCCACCCUGAGCUCCGCAAGAAUCUGGCAGAGGCUGUGGCUGAAGACCUGGCUGAAGUCCUGGGUUCUGAGGAGCCCACCGAGGGUGACGUCCAGUGCAUGCGUUGGAUCUUUGAGAACUGGCGGCUGGAUGCCAUUGGGGACCGUGAGAAGCCACCUGCCAAGGAGCCCGUGCCUGGAGGCAGUGUGCAGGCCACCUCCCGGAAGUUUGAGGAAGGCUCCUUUGCCAACAGUAUAGACCAGGAGCCAGCCGGACCCCGGCCAUCCAGAGGGGACGUUCGUGCAGCCCGCUGGCUGUUUGAGACAAAGCCUCUGGAUGAGCUGACAGGCCAGGCCAAGACAGCGGAGGCUACAGUGAGGGAGCCUGCAGCCAGCGGAGAUGUCCAGGGUACCAGGAUGCUCUUUGAAACACGACCGCUAGACCGCCUGGGCUCCCGCCCCUCUACCCAGGAGCAGAGCCCCUUGGAGCUGCGUUCGGAGAUCCAGGAGCUGAAGGGCGAUGUGAAAAAGACUGUGAAGCUGUUUCAAACGGAGCCGCUGUGUGCCAUCCAGGAUGCAGAGGGCACCAUCCAUGAGGUCAAGGCCGCCUGCCGAGAGGAGAUCCAAAGCAAUGCGGUGAGGUCUGCCCGUUGGCUCUUCGAGACCCAACCUCUGGAUGCCAUCAACCGGGAUCCUAGCCAGGUGCGGGUGAUCCGAGGGAUCUCCCUGGAGGAGGCUGCCCGGCCCGAUGUCAGCGCUACUCGCUGGAUCUUUGAGACACAGCCCCUGGAUGCCAUCCGGGAGAUCUUGGUGGACGAGAAGGACUUCCAGCCAUCCCCAGACCUUAUCCCUCCUGGCCCAGAUGUACAGCAGCAGCGGCAUCUGUUUGAGACCCGAGCAUUAGACACUCUAAAGGGGGAAGAAGAGUCUGGAGCAGAGGCCCCACCCAAAGAGGAAGUGGUUCCUGGUGAUGUCCGCUCCACCCUAUGGCUAUUUGAGACAAAGCCCCUGGACACACUCAAAGACAAAGUCCAAGUGGGUCACCUGCAGCGGGUGGGUUCCCCGGAAGGUGAGGGGUUCAUGUAUGAACAUCUACCCAGUGAUAGCUCCUCAGCACUGUCCCUCUCUCAGAGUGCCCCCCAGAAGGAUGGGGUGAAGGGAGAUGUGAAGGCCUUCAAGAACCUUUUUGAGACCCUUCCCCUGGACAGCAUUGGGCAGGGUGAAGCUUUGGCCCAUGGGAAUGUAAGCAGAGCAGAAGGAACUGAUUCUGCCGGGCAGUCUCAGGACACAGGAUCCCCAGUUUACGCCAUGCAGGAUGGCAAAGGCCACCUCCAUGCCCUGACUUCUGUCAGCAGAGAGCAGGUAGUUGGAGGUGAUGUGCAGGGCUACAGGUGGAUGUUUGAGACACAGCCCCUGGACCAACUAGGAAGAAGCCCCAGUACUGUUGACGUGGUACGCGGCAUCACCCGACAGGAAGUAGUGGCUGGAGAUGUGGGCACUGCCCGGUGGCUCUUUGAGACCCAGCCCCUGGAGGUAAUCCACCAACAGGAGCAGCAGGAACGGCGGGAAGAAGAAGGAAAGCCUCAGGGAGGCCCUCAGCCUGAUGCAUCCCCCAAGGGUGAUGUGCAGACCAUCCGAUGGUUGUUUGAGACAUGCCCGAUGAGUGAGUUGGCCGAGAAGCAGGGGUCAGAGGUCACAGAUCCCACAACGAGGGCCAAGGCACAGUCCUGCACCUGGAUGUUCACACCCCAAACCCCGGACAGGCCAGAAGGCUCCAGGGAGCAGCACCUUCGGGUUAGCCAGGUCCAGAUGGGGGAAAGACAGACAGACAGGCAUGUCUUUGAGACUGAGCCUCUGCAGGCCUCAGGCCGUCCCUGUGGAAGACGGCUUGUGCGCUACUGCAGCAGAGUGGACAUCCCUUCAGGGCAGGUGUCUCGUCAGAAGGAGGUUUUCCAGGCCCUGGAGGCAGGCAAGAGGGAAGAUCAGGAGUCCAGGGUAAUCCCUGAGCCCAUCCCAGCGGGCUCUGUGCACAAGUUCACCUGGCUCUUUGAGAACUGCCCCAUGGGAUCCCUGGCAGCUGAAAGCAUCCGAGGCGGCAACCUCCAGGAAGAGCAGCCCAUGGGCCCCUCAGGUGACGGGGCGCUGGAGAGGCAGGAGACUGCAGCUGAGGGGACCCUGCGGACUCUGCACGCCACGCCUGGCAUCCUGCACCACGGAGGCAUCCUCAUGGAGGCCCGAGGGCCAGGGGAGCUCUGCCUUGCCAAGUACGUGCUCCCAGGCCCAGGGCAGGGGGGCCCCCAUGUACGGAAGGAGGAGCUGGUGUCUGGAGAGCUUCCCAGGAUCAUCCGCCAAGUGCUGCGCAGGCCAGAUGUGGACCAGCAAGGGCUGCUGGUGCAGGAGGACCCAGUGGGCCAGCUUCGACUCAAGCCACUGAAGCUGCCAGCACCAGGCAGCAAUGGAAAUGUGGAAGACAUGGAUCCUGAGUUCCAGCAGUUGCUGGCUUGUGGCCUUGGGACCUCGGUGGCAAGGACAGGGCUACUGAUGCAGGAGACAGAGCAGGGCCUGGUUGCACUGACGGCCUACUCCCUGCAGCCCCGGUUAACCAGCAGGGCCCCCGAGAGGAGCAGUGUGCAGCUGCUGGCCAGCUGCAUAGACAAAGGAGACCUCAGUAGCCUGCACAGUCUGCGGUGGGAGCCACCAGCUGACUCAAGUCCAGUGCUGGCCAGUGAAGGUACCCAGAGGCUGCCCCUGACUGACAGCAUCAUCCAUGUUCCCCCACUGGACACAAACAUGGGAAUGGGGCAUCUGAGAGGGCCAGGGGUCACCCCCUGUCCCCCACAGGCCACUAAGGCAGUCCCUCAGGCUGGAGAAGAAAAGCAGGAAAGGAGGUGCACUGGGCAGAAAGGCAUGGCAGCUUUGGGAAAGUUGAACGGAGCCACGACUAUGCCCCCAGAGACCGGGGCCCCAGACCUCCAGGCCGCCAUGCAGAGUCUGCGGAUGGCAACAACUGAAACCCAAAGCCUGCACCAGCAAGUUCAGAGCAAGAACAAGCAGGGCUCCGCCCUUGGAGCCGCCUCUAUGCCCUUCCAGGGUGGGUUUCUGCAAGCACCGGCCACGGCCAUUGGGACUGCCCAGAACAACAUCAGGCCUCUGGCUGGAGGCGACCCCAGGAUCCCAGCAGCCCCCAGAAAGGUCAGUGGGGAACAGAAAGCACUGCCUAGAGGGCUGUCUGGGGGGUGGGUAACUAUUCAGGAUGGCAUCUACACUGCUCACCCCGUGAGGACCUCUGACCCGCCCGGGGGUAUCCGAGCUUCUGAGAGAGAACCCCUGCCAAGGAGCAGGGAGUCUGCCCCCUCAGCCCAGGCUCUCGGCCCACUCCCGGAAGACCCAGGUCAGGGUCUUGGGCCUGGGCAAGAGGAGCCUGGGGGCCACACACAGAAGGCCUGGGGGCCUCCAGAGAAGGUGAUGGCAGGACUUGGCCCAGGGGGCCUCCAAGCUGCAGAGAACACCUUGAAGGCUGCCCCUUUAGCCCACCACAUUCUGGCCUCUGGGCCUCAGGCUGCAGGUGCCAACAUGCAUUCCCAUAAUGCUUCUGUUCCUCCUCCUCCUCCUCUCCCAGCUGCUGUGACAGGACCUGAUUUCCCAGCACAAGGCGGCCAUGAUGAGGACACCACCCACCAGGCCUCCAAGCCCCAGCAGGACCCUCUUCUCCACUCCCACAGCAGCCCUGCUGGCCAAAGAAGUCCUGGGGAAUCACAGGCAAAGACCCUGAAACUGGAGCCCACCACACCCCCAAGGAAGAAGCCCCAGCUGCCCCCUAAACCUGCACACCUAAGCCAGAUCCCCCUUCCUCACUGGUUAUCCAAGCCCUCAGCCCUCUCUCCCAGCUCCUCUAAGGAAAUAGGACAAGGAAAACACAAACAGGGUGAAGCUGGUACAGCCAACCAUGAUCCUCAGCCAACCAAAGUCCCCACUAUUGCAGGCCAGGGCCCAGUAUCUCUGGCUGGAUGCUCCACUGGACAGAGCCAUCCCAGCCCCCAACAUGGCCCUAGCAUUAUGGCUUCCAGGCCCACCAAGAGUCAGGCUCCAGGCAGCAGUGACCAGAGCCCCAAGCCCCACAAGCUCUUAGCUCUCAGCAGUGACCUCACCUCACUGCAACAGGGCCCCAGCUUCCCAGAAGAGAAGUGCAUGGAUGGUUCCCAGCAAGGGGCCCCUGAGAGCCCCAAGAUUCUGCAGGGAAGCCAGCAAGAGCUCCAGGGCCUCCUGAGCCAGGUGCAGGCCCUGGAGAAGGAGGCUGAAAGCACUGUGGACGUGCAGGCGCUGAGAAGGCUCUUUGAGGCUGUGUCCCAGCUGAGAAGGGCCCCCCAGGCUCCUGCUGUUCCCUGCAAGCCUGAGGUCUCAGUGGAGCAGGCCUUUGGGGAGCUGACAAAAGUCAGCACAGAGGUUGCCCGGCUGAAGGAACAGACCCUAGCCAGGCUGAUGGACAUUGAGGAGGCUGUGCACAAGGCCCUCAGCUCCAUGUCUAGCCUCCAGCCAGGGGCUAACACCAGAGGUCAUUCCCAGGCGACCCCAAAGGACCACGGUGCCCGCAAGAUCAGUGUUACAGAUAGCAGUAGAGACAAACCUGACUAUACAGGCCAGGAGAUCAGGGUUCAAACUGCAGUCAAGAGCCAAAAGGAGGUGACAUGCCAUUCUGAGGUCCAGCAUCAAGCCAAGGUCAGAAAUCACACAGAAGCCAGAAGUCAAGCAGCCCUGACCACCGCUCGCACCAGAAGUCUGGAGACACUGAGAGAAGAUUCCGGCCUCCCUCGAGUGUUACCUCCCAGCAGAGAUUCACCCUCCUCCUCAAGCUUCAUUUCCAUCCAGUCAGCCACAAGGAAGCUUCCAGAAGCUCCCAGCCCCAGAGGCAGCCCGGAAAUAUCAGUGAAAAGUGCACACCUCACCCAGGUUGUGGGCCAGGCUCAGCUUUACCAGAAGGGUGUCCAGGACAAGGCUGGGAAAAAAGAGGUCACCCAGUGCUCUGGACAGCCCGAGCCUGUCCCUACCUCAGCCAGCUCCCUGCCCACCAGGCGGCAGAAGAGCGUUCUGGAGCUGCAGACCAGGCCGGGAGGCUCCCAGUGCCACGGAGCCACAAGAACGGUGACUGAACAGUACGAGAGUGUGGACCAGUGCGGGAACACGGCGCUCACAUCACCCACCAUGGUCACUGAGCCUACAGAGUCCCUGAGGGGCCCAGGCCCCCACCCCGGACUCCAUGCCUCCCCCUUGAUGCGACAGUUCCUGCGCAGCCCCGCCGGGCUCAGCGGGGGCCUGGCAGAAGCCGGGAUGGUGCGCGUGCCCUGUGGCCACUCGCAGCCAGCGGCCCAGUGA